UUCAUAUAGAACGCAUCGAGUGUUUAUAGUUUGCUGAUUAUUAUCUUCAAAAGUACUCAUCAUUUAUCGAAAAUCAAUCGUAGCUUUUCAAACUUGAAACCAUAACAAAAAAUGGCAUCUUUACUUGGAAAAUUUAUCACACGAGCAUCUAUUCCAUGGGCCAUACGCAAUGUCAAUCCAUUGAUGAAUACACGUUUCAUGUCGGCAUUUGUACAACGACCGGCACCUGAUUUCAAAGCUACAGCCGUUGUUGACAAACAAUUUAAAGAAGUUAAAUUGGCCGAUUUCCAAGGCAAAUAUUUGGUACUAUUUUUCUAUCCUCUAGAUUUUACAUUUGUAUGUCCAACCGAAAUCAUUGCAUUCAAUGAUCGAUUACAAGAAUUUCGUGACCUUCAAACCGAAGUUGUAGCCGUAUCGGUUGAUUCACAUUUUUCACAUCUAGCAUGGUGUAAUACACCACGAAAACAAGGUGGUUUAGGUGAUAUGAAAAUGCCGAUCAUCGCCGAUUUGACAAAAAAAAUUUCCGAAGAUUAUGGUGUAUUAUUGCCUGAUGCUGGUAUUGCAUUACGUGGUCUAUUCAUUAUUGACGGAAAAGGAAUCGUACGACAGAUUACGAUCAAUGAUUUACCGGUCGGUCGAUCAGUGGAUGAAACAUUGCGAUUAAUUAAAGCCUUUCAAUAUACUGAUAAACAUGGUGAAGUUUGUCCAGCCAAUUGGCAACCUGAUCGACCAACUAUUAAUCCGAAAAAUGCUCGGGAAUAUUUCGAAAAACAAAAUUAGAUCAUUAAACCAAAACACUUUAUUGUAA